AUGGCGUCCUUCCAGAUCCCAGGCCGUAUCAGGUCUAUGGCAUCAGCAGGACUACUAGCCUUUAUUCUCUCUUCUCCAGGGGCUCUAGCUCAAGAAUCCUCAGCAACUAGUACUACCACAUUAUUCUCUACAGUCGGUAACACCCGGACCGUGACUUCCUACCUUGGAGAUUGCGCGACAUGGCAGGGACUGCCCCUUUGCAACCAAGUCACAUUCGGACCUAUGACUUCCGGUGCAAAUACCGGAACAGCGACUUCAUCGGCCAGUUUGGUGAGCAGCACGUUCGCUGGACAAUCUGGAGUUCCAUUUGUCCUCAGCGGAAAAGGAGACUUUGUGGAUAGUUAUUUCAAGUUCGAUGAUAACACCGGUGCGGUCGUUAUGGCCGGACUCGCGGAGCAGAGAUUCGUGGCUCUUGUGUUGGAUCAAAGUGGGCCCGGUCUUUUGCAAAACUCCCAGUAUUUGGACGAACUGGUGUUCUUGCGUUACAACGAGACUAUCAAAAAUCUUCUGCCGGAUGAAGACCCAGUUAUUACAAACUUGGUAAGAAAAGUACAACACGACGCUACUGCGAAUGUACUUCGCACCGACUACGAAACAACUUUUUACUGGAAUUCAAGUACCAAUCAACCCGGUUUAGUCAAAAACACUAUCGACUGGAAAUUCUACAUCGCUUUACCCAGCUCAGGUAGAGCGAAGAGAAGAGGAAUGCCAUUAUUCAACAAGCGACAGGAGACAUCUUAUGAUAUCUACAUGUUGCCGAUAAAUGUUACAAUCCCUCCUGGAAGUGCUUUCGUACCCAUUGAUUUCGCCGCAGAAGAAGCUCAGGGAUUCCCUAGCAGUCUUUUCAGCUCCCUUCCUCCGUUUGCUACGUCCACCGCAACAACUGGUAUAGAUACUGCUUCUGACACUACCGCUACUGGGACAAAUACAAGUGGAGGUACCGGAACCAAUGGCGGUACAACAGCCACUGGAGGUACUGAUACAGGUACAGGAACAGCCACUGGUACAGGAGGUACCCGUACCGGUACUGGUACGGGAACAGGAACCGAUACCGCUACUGAAACGGGAACAGAGACUUCGGAUUCCAAUGGUCCAUCCGGAUCCGGGACUGGUACCGGUGCUGGUACGGGUGCCGGCACGAGAACGAACGGGGGCACCGGCACCGGUGGCUUUAUACCUACGACGGAUGCAUACGAAAUCAUUACCAAAUACACCCUUCAAGCAUAUUGUACUGCUCUUUUGUCGUACUUCUCACAGACCACGACGGAGUACGAUACCAGAACAGAUUCUUUUACCACAACAAUUCCACGAUUCUCAUAUACAACUACUAUAUACACCGAAACUACCCAAUACCCAAGUUAUACCACUGUCACGUAUGGUGACAUCAAUAGAGGUCCAAUUGGCAGGCGGAUGAUGAAUAGAGCAGGUGAUGGGUACGCAGUUGAUGCAGAGGAAAACCCCCAUAGAAAGCGCAAAGUUAUCAGCGCUUUACGUGCAAGAGAAGUACCAGAUCAACUACUGCCCUAUCCGACUAACGCCAUCGUUUCUGCUUGCGAAAGAGCCGCCACAUCACCCACGGAAUUUGCCCUAGCUGUUUCAACUGAAGUUAUUGACGAGACUGAGACCGUAACUACAAAUUGGGCUACAUCGUUUACUACCUAUGCCACGACAGCAUAUGUCACACGAGAUCUACAGCCUGUGACAAUCAGCACCAUCGGUCAUGGUUCCUACACAAUGGCACGUGUUGACAAAUCUACUAAUUCAUACAGUGGAAAGUAUAUUGAAUCAAAUAGUGGUGUUGGUGCUUACCCUUAUAUUAAAGACACCACAGACAAUACCAGAUGGACACCGUAUUACAAUUACGCGUCGGGGAAAAACUUGGCUGGUAUGAACAUCGCGAAUGGUAGGCGCACUGUUUGGCUUGCCGGUGUCAGGAGCAAAUUUCCAGGCAGUACAGACAUCGCCGAUUGGAAACUUGUCAUGCAAGAUGGUUCCAAUUACUCACCUGGCGGAAAUGAAGUUGCUAUUGUGUGGUCCUAUAAUAGCGAGAGGUUGCUUCUUACGCCGGAUACAGAUUUUAUUCCCGUCCCUGAGGCCAAUGGCGCUAAAGUGGUGAUGAGCUUUUUCGUCUGUAAGCCGGCAGGUCAGACUACUGAUCAACUUUACCUUGGGCCCCCCGAUUUCUUGACCUUUACUGGAUCUACCGCUGCCGGUUGCGCUAAUACUGGACAAGAUUCUUGGCAGGCUAAAUACCCGUGA